CCAGAGCGCCCCGCCCCCACUGCCCCGUCCUGUGUGACAGCUCAGCAAGACGGCGCAGGACAUGGCGGCCCUGCGGGCGGAGCUGGUGCGGACACGGGCCAGGGAAGCCCAGCUGGAGGAGGAGACGGCAGCCUGUGAGGAGCGCAUGAGGCGGCUCAACGGGGAGCUGAAGAAGCUGCAGGGUUUCCAGCAGCAGCACGAGCAGGAGGUCCGGGCCUUCGAGGAGCAGCUGGGGGAGCGGAGCAGCCAAGUGCAGCACUGGCAGCGGCGGUACCAGGAGAACGCGCAGGCCCUGGCGCAGCGGGACGAGGACCUGGUCGUAGUCAAGGUGGAACUGGCCUCGUUGAAAGAAAAGCUCCAUGGUGCCGCUGAAGAGAGAGACCGCUUGCAGCAGGACCUCAAUGUCUUAAGGCAGAAGUUCGUGGCCUCCAGCAGUGAGGCAGAGGCGCUGCGCUCCUCCCUGGGGGCUGCACGCUCAGACAGCCACCGGCUGCACCGCGAGAGCGAGCUGGUGCUGGCCAACGUCAGCCAGUGGGUGAAGGAGCAAAAGCAAGCAAACGACAAACUGGGGCACAAGAUCCGGGAGCAGAUCAAGCACAUCGCGCAGCUGACAGGCGAGAAGGACCACCUGCAGGAGGUGCUGGCGAGGCUGCAGCAGGAGAACAGGCACCUGAAAGGCGAAGUGGCCGAGCGGCGCAUUGAGUGUGAGCGGCUGAAGGCUCUGCAGGGCAGCGGCUUAGCUGCACGGGCCGUGCUUCGGCAGCCAUGGCCCCUGCUCCUGGGCGAGGAGUGAGGUCCCUCCCUUCUUCCAGCCUGGCACCUGCACGAUGGACCCAGCAAGGACUGUACACGGGGCAGGCACGUCCUCUGCACCUACCUCAGCUCCCCGUGCGGGCCCCGGGCCCAGCCUGCACUGUGAAAUAAAGCCACGGGCACAGGCUGUCACUGACCACGUGUGGUUUGGCCACGUCGGCAGGGGGGGCUGCAGCCCCCUCAGCAAACCCCGCUUGCCAGGAACAGCCCAUGUAUUUCAGCCAUUAAAGGUGUUGCUAGUACAGCCCCCAACCCCUAUCCAGCGUAGUCACUGGAGCAGCACUGCUCCCUCCUGCCACAUCCCAUCGCUGGAACGGGUGCGGGCCAGGGUCCGCGCGUAGCACCAGCCCUGAGGCAGAUUCUCUCCCCUCCCCCCCAGGAGAGGUGCAGCGGCCAAGGCCCAGCCUGCAGCUGUGAACACCAGCCCCUGGCGCAGGCUUGCGGAGCAAGCAGCCUGGCUGAGCACACUGCGAUUUCGGUGGCCAAGGCCCUUGCUCUGACGCCAGGCCCCAGCGAGCAGCCGGGCCGAGCCAGCCCAGGGAGAGGAUGCCGCACCGCAGGGAGCCCGGCAUUUACCACUGCCUGCUGUCGUAGGAGGGCAGAGAUCAAGCCAAUGGGGGGGCUCAAAGGUCAGCACAUCCCCUUUCCCCACAGCGACAGCCGGGCUGCUGCCCUGUUCUCAGCCCAGGAAGGGCACCGUUACCUCAGCCUUAGUGGAAGCCGACGGCAACUGGCCAUGCUGGGCCCGGGCUGCAACCCACAAAUCACUGGCUCUGGGAGGGAAAGGGACCAGUGUCGGGGGAUGUGGCAGAUGCAGGGCAGGGUUCUCCCCCAGCGUAGGUCAUUCACCUCCCCGCGAGGCUGCAGGCAGGUGUGCACUGUCUACGCUGGCGGCGCGCUGGGGAUCUUGCACCAGCCCCUCUCGUAGAGCC